GCUGAUCCAAAUCUCAGUCCUGUCUGCUCGAUCGCGCGUGCAACGAUGUCUGGAAAGGACAGGCUUCCUAUUUUCCCCUCUCGGGGAGCACAAAUGUUAAUGAAGUCACGUCUUCAGGGUGCGCAAAAGGGACAUGGCUUACUUAAGAAGAAAGCAGAUGCUCUGCAAAUGCGAUUCAGAUUAAUUUUAGGAAAGAUCAUUGAAACAAAGACCCUUAUGGGUGAAGUCAUGAAGGAGGCAGCGUUCUCCCUUGCCGAAGCCAAAUUUGCCACUGGAGACUUUAACCAAGUGGUACUUCAAAACGUGACAAAGGCGCAGAUCAAAAUUCGUUCGAAGAAGGAUAACGUCGCCGGGGUUAAUUUACCAGUCUUCGAGUCGUAUCAAGAUGGCACGGAUACGUACGAAUUAGCUGGAUUGGCUAGAGGUGGUCAGCAACUGGCCAAGCUGAAGAAGAAUUAUCAAAGGGCUGUCAAGCUGCUAGUCGAACUGGCAUCUUUGCAGACGAGCUUCGUAACGCUGGACGAGGUUAUCAAAAUCACGAAUCGUCGUGUAAAUGCUAUCGAACACGUCAUUAUUCCAAGGAUCGAGAGAACUCUUGCGUAUAUCAUCUCGGAAUUGGAUGAAUUGGAAAGAGAAGAGUUCUACAGAUUGAAGAAAAUUCAGGACAAGAAGAAGAUUGCCAAGGCGAAGGUCGAUGCUGCCAGGGCAAAAAUGAGAGCUGAGGGUCAAGAUCUAGAUCCUGGCAACAUGCUGGAUGAGGGUGACGAGGAUCUGCUUUUCUAAGCAACUGUACAUAGUAUUUUUGUUCAAGCUUUAAAAACAUCACGUGCGAUGUCCUAGAUCAUCGUCCACGAAUCAUUGGCAGCAUGCCGUUUACAGCGAACUCCAACGGUGUAAAGGUUGAACUUGAUAUUUGCUCGAGUCUUUAAUUUAAAAGGCAAGUUCUCUUAGAGACCCGCAACAAGGCAAUCGAGUUCGCAGUUAGUACAGGACACGUGUAAUCGGGGACAACGCUAGUGUGUUACGUUCUUAAGCCAUCCGUUGAGUGGAUCUCGAUAUCUGUAUAGUAUUCUCCACCUGUAUCCUGGUUUUACUACCUACUUUAAAGAAAUACCACAAGCGUCGAACGCGUCAACCAGGUCGAGAUCAACCGUUUUCUAAAAAAAAGUAUUCCGAGUAUGUUUCUCUCGUAGGUACCGCGGUCAACUCGCCGUACCUCGUUUCCACAGCUUACAGAAGUGUUAUAAAUAAUUAAGUUCUUUACAGAGAAUAUCUAUAAAUAAAACGAUCGCGUGUAUCAUAGUUUUGACCGUUA